UAUGCUGGCUACUUAAAUUAAUCAUAUAAUCAAUACUCUAAUUUCACAAUCCUAAUCAAAAAUCAAUCUGGAGAAUGUCCAUCUAUUUGUAUUCAAUAAGGUAAUACAUGUAAUUCAAUUAACAAGUAGUGUUUAUGUAAAUCUGGCUAUUUUGGAAAGUAUUGUUAACUCUAAAGAAAAAUAGCAGUUUUAUAAAUCCAAUAUGAUAUCAUCAUUAAACCACUUUAAUGGAUCUAUAUUGGUUUUGAAACAAAAUAAUUGAAUUCUAAUGAUACUUUAAAAUUAAGAAUUCGUGAUCAAUCAUCUGAAAUGUUAAUGGGAUUGGGUAUGCAAGGAAUAGAAAAUCAUGAAGUUCCUAAUAUUCAUUAUGAUGCAUAUAUUAUUCCAAAGAAAAUACAAUAAUAAAUUUACUAAUUAAAAGGUGAUUUAAUUUAUUAUCAAUCUAUGUGUAUGAAUUGUUCAUUUUUAAAUAUUGGAUUUUACAAUUAACAUUCUUAUCCAAUAUUAUUUUAUUUUGAAUUAUUUGAAAAAGAAUAACCAAAAGAAAAUGAUCCAUAUCAUUUAUAGAUUAUAUUAUAAUCUAUUUUUAUUACUUGUUUCAUAUUGAUUACUUAUUUAAUAUUUAGAAAAAUAAGAUAAAAAUAAUAAAGAGAAUAAAUUAGAUUAGUAUAAAGAGAAUUUAGAGGAAAUAGAAGAAGAAGAAGAAUAUAAUUAUAAUAAAGUGAUGAUAUAUAAAAAGGAUUUAAUUUAGACUUUAUCUAAACAUAUUUCCCUUAAUUUUAUUAUUUAGAUUUAAUAGAUAAAUAUCCUUAAUUAAGUUAAUUUGUUGAAUGUGUAGUUUGUUUAGAAUCAAUGGCUCCUCCAUAAUAAGGUAAAUUGACAGAAAGAGAUCAUAUAGAUCAUUGUUCAUUAACUCCAUGUUAUCAUCUAUUUCAUUAACAUUGUUUAUUUAAAUGGUUAUAGACUUAAAAAUGUUGUCCUUUAUGUCGUAAAGAAUUUAUAGAAUAAGACAUAAAAAAUAAACCUUGGAUUAGUUUUAAUAAUGAUAUAAGUUUAAGAGAAACUAGUAGAGCUAAUCCAUUUGUUUAGAGAAUGAAAACAAGAAGUGAAAAUACAUAAUAAUCUGAUAUUCCUUUAAUGGUAGAUACUGAAAAUGUAGAAACUUAACCUAAUAAAGAUAUUGUUGUUGUAAAUAUUGCUUAAAAGAGUGCAAGAGAUUUGAUUAUAAGAUGA